UUGAAUUCAGAGUGGCAGUUUAACGCUGAGGCGGUGAGUUGUUUUCGAAUUAUAGCGCGUUGUGGAGAAGAGGUUGAUGUUUACAUGAGUGGCAGUGAAGUGCCCUACUUGGUGAGGUUUAUAUAGUGACGGUGUAAGAACUUGUGACAUUUUGGUUUUAAUUUAGAAAAAAUGAUACCUCGGCCUUGCUGCAAACUGCGAACGAUCGUGUUCCUGUGCCUCGUAGUCUUCCUUUUAGUACAAAUAUCGUCAACAGAGAGAUCUACACGCCGCCGCCUGCGCCGCCCCCUCAAAUCCGUCUCUCACAGCGUAUCGGUGUCCAAAGACCAAGAAGUCUCCUCCAGCGUCAACAGAUUUAGAUUGCGGUCAAGACCGAACCACCGAAAAACCGACAACUCGUUGACCACCACGGCCAAGAAGGACAAAGAUGGGUACAAAGUGGUUUGUUACUACACCAACUGGUCGCAGUACCGCGUCAAGAUCGGGAAAUUCACCCCUGAGGAUAUCAUCCCGGAUCUGUGCACCCACAUCAUCUUCGCUUUCGGGUGGUUGAAAAAGGGGAAAUUGUCGUCGUUCGAGAGCAACGACGAAACGAAGGAUGGAAAAGUGGGGUUGUAUGAGAGGAUCCAGAAGCUGAAGAAGGCGAACCCGAACUUGAAGACGUUGCUGGCUAUUGGUGGAUGGUCCUUUGGUACCCAGAAGUUCAAAGAUAUGGCGUCUACGCGCUACGCCAGACAGACCUUUAUCUUCAGCGCUAUCCCGUUCCUGAGGGAUCGAGGGUUCGACGGGUUGGACAUCGAUUGGGAGUACCCGAAAGGUUCCGACGAUAAGAAGAACUACGUUUUGUUGCUGAAGGAACUCCGCGAAGCCUUCGAAGCCGAAGCCCAAGAAAUCAAAAAACCCGUCCUCCUCCUAUCCGCCGCCGUCCCCGUCGGCCCCGACAACAUCAAAGGCGGCUACGACGUCCCCGCCGUUGGGACCUACUUAGACUUCAUCAACUUGAUGGCUUACGACUUCCACGGUAAAUGGGAACGGGAAACCGGCCACAACGCCCCAUUGCACUCACCCAGCAGCGACAGCCAGUACCAGAAACAACUCAACGUGGAACACGCCGCCAACCUAUGGGUGAAACUGGGAGCCCCUAAGGAAAAAAUGGUCAUCGGGAUGCCCACGUAUGGACGCUCGUUCACCCUGUCCAACACUGCGAAAUUCGGGGUACAUUCGCCCGCCAGUGGCGGCGGAAAAGAAGGAACGUACACUAAAGAGUCCGGGUUUUUGGCGUACUACGAGGUGUGCGAGAUGCUCCAUAAUGGUGCUACGUACAUCUGGGAUGAAGAGAUGAAGGUACCGUAUGUGGUGAACGGGGAUCAGUGGAUUGGGUUCGACGACGAGAAAUCAAUUAGGCAUAAGAUGAAGUGGAUUAAAGAUAAUGGGUUCGCUGGGGCGAUGGUUUGGACCAUCGACAUGGACGAUUUCAGUGGUACUGUGUGCGGUGGCGAAGUCAAAUAUCCGUUGAUCGGAGCCAUGAGAGAAGAACUGCGCGGAAUUUCGCGUGGUAAGAACGCCAAAGACAUGGACUGGCAGAAGAUCGCCGGCGCGGUGGAAGAAGAAGACGAAGACGUUAUCGAGAAACCGGCUCCCGUCAAGAUUUCGGUACAGGAAGUACUUAACAGAGUUAGGAAACCCACGAAGAAACUACACUUGAAAAAUUCAUCAGCCGUUAGCAAAAAAGUUCGCCCGCCCCAAAUCUUCUGCUACGUGACGUCGUGGUCGGCCAAGCGCCCGGGUGCCGGGAAAUUCACCCCUGAAGACAUCAACGCCAACCUGUGCACUCACAUCAUCUACGCCUUCGCCACCCUCAAAGACCACAAACUGGCGGAAACCAGCGACAAAGACCCGGAUAUGUACGACCGCGUGGUGGCUCUACGGGAAAAAAACCCCGACCUUAAAGUACUCCUAGCCAUAGGAGGCUGGGCCUUCGGGUCCACCCCUUUCAAAGAGCUCACCAGUAACGUGUUCCGCAUGAACCAGUUCGUCUACGACGCGAUUGACUUCCUGAGGGAGUACCAAUUCAACGGGCUGGACGUGGACUGGGAGUACCCUCGUGGCGCCGACGACAGAGCCGCCUACGUUAACCUACUCAAAGAACUGCGAGUGGCCUUCGAAGGCGAGGCCAAAACCAGCGGCCAGCCUAGAUUGCUGCUCACAGCGGCGGUACCGGCGAGCUUCGAAGCCAUAGCUGCCGGGUACGACGUGCCCGAGAUCGCCAAGUACCUCGACUUUAUCAACGUGAUGACCUACGACUUCCACGGACAGUGGGAGAGGACGGUGGGGCACAACUCGCCGCUGUUCCCGCUUGAGAGCGCCACCAGCUACCAGAAGAAACUGACGGUGGAUUACUCGGCGAGGGAGUGGGUCAAGCAAGGAGCGCCUAAGGAGAAACUGAUGAUUGGUAUGCCUACGUAUGGACGAAGCUUCGAAUUGGUGAAUACUACGCAGUUCGAUAUCGGGGCUCCGGCCAGUGGAGGUGGUACCCCUGGAAGGUACACGUCGGAGGCCGGGUUUAUGAGCUUCUACGAGAUCUGUGACUUCUUGCACGAAGACAACACGACUCUAGUGUGGGAUAAUGAGCAGCAGGUGCCUUUUGCCUAUAGGGAGAACCAGUGGGUGGGCUUUGACGAUGAGCGCAGUUUGAAAACUAAGAUGGCGUGGCUCAAAGAAGAGGGCUUCGGCGGCAUCAUGAUCUGGUCGGUCGACAUGGACGACUUCCGCGGCUCCUGCGGCAGCGGCAAGUACCCCCUCAUCAACGCCAUGCGGCAAGAAAUCGACGGCUACAAAGUCAAACUCGAAUUUGACGGCCCCUACGAAACGUCAAUUUCUUCCGGCCAGUACACAACAAAAGACCCCAACGAGGUGACCUGCGACGAGGAGGAAGGCCACAUCAGCUACCACCCCGACAAGGCCGACUGCAGGAUGUACUACAUGUGCGAAGGGGAGCGAAAGCACCACAUGCCCUGUCCGUCCAACCUCGUCUUCAACCCCGAUCAAAACGUAUGUGAUUGGCCCGAGAACGUGGAGGGUUGCAUGCAGCACACAGCGGCGCCCCCCACUAGACGAUAAUGUAACUAAAUUUUGUAAAUAAUUUGGAGAGUUAGGUUGUUUAAGUUUUGAAAUUAACGUUUGAUUUUAAUUAAGUGAUGUUACUGCCAU